CAUCACUACAAUGAAGAAUCGUUAUUAGACACAAUUGUUGCUAAAGAUUUUUCUCCACUUGGGAAAAAUGUGUUACUCCUUUGUGUAGAACCCAUAUUUUAUACAAACAAUCUAAUUUAUAAUUUUUAUUGUAAAAAAGCCGUCAUCACGAAUCCUCUCACGGUCUCUCACUGAUCAGCUGUUCAAUGUCGUCAAAUAUUGAGUGCUAUCUAAAAUUGCGACCAGACAUAGAAUUAAUGCAUAACAUGUGUCUUAUCCUUUCCGUUACGUAGUUCUAGCAUUUUUUACCUUUAGAACUUUCGUUUUGGUUUUGAUAUAGCUAUUCAAUCGUGUUCAUUGUGCUUUUUAGAGGAAGGUAUUAAUGUGUUGGUAUUAUUGAAAACUCGUAAUUGAAAACAUUCAGCUGCUCGCUACUGAACAUAAAAGGAUAAUGGGAUCAAUCGGAUCAAGGUAGCCACUAUCAUGAAAAAACGUGAAAAUUCUUCCAGCAAUCUGAACCGUCUUGGUAUUAAAACUUCAUUUAACGCUUGCAGCAAUGAACAAAAGGUGGAUACUUUUGGUAAUCUGUGUCACCAUGGUAUGCAGAGCAAAUGGUUCAUUCUUGGAUUCUUUUUGGCCACCCCAAAAUGAUGACAAAUCCGGUUAUGCUGUGGGUCAAUAUCCUUCGGUCCCGUAUGAACUGUCCGAAGGGGAUGAAUCCUUCAUCCGAGAAGCAUCGAAGUGGAUUGGUACCAAUCUGUCCAAAUUGGAUUUUUGUCAUCAUCGAGUCAUACUGAAGCUGAAGAAAUCUUGUCAUCUUUUGAAUGCCGAACAAAUUGGAAAACUGGCUGUCAUGCUACUGAAUUGCCAGUCCGAUUCAGAGGGCCGAAAAAUUUACGAAUGCACCGAGGAGAUGUCACUGAAGAUGUGCACCGAAAGCAUGGAUCCGGACACAUGGAAUGCGUACCAUUUAAUAACGAACAGAGCGAAGGCAGUUUGUGCAAGUGUUCGGCAUGAACAAUUCCGAGGUUUGACCGAACUCACCAUCAAUAAACUUAUGAACACGGCAGCCGAACAGAUUCAGAUAAUGAAGCAGAUGGCGAAUAAUCAGAAGGAGCUACAAAACCUCGCUCAGGAAGCAAUUGAUGAGAUGUCCGUUAAUAAUAAUAUGAUCAUCAGUCAGCAGGGGGACAUUAUGAAGCUGUCGGAAGCACACAGAGCGAAGGUUGAAUCAAACUUCCGAGAAUUGGUCAGGGAGAAAAGUUUAAUUCGAGCAGGUCAACAGGAGGUUGCCAUACUGUUGUCCGAUCUUCGUGGUCGAAUUGAUGAUAAUAUAAAACAACUGGAGUUGCAGUCGAAAAAGAGUAAACUGAAUCAGGAUUCCCUUUUGCGAAACAUGGAGAAUUUACAGAAAAACGCGGCUACAAUUGCCGAAAAGAUUGAUGAAACCAGUGACCAUUUCGCCUCUCACCACAAUGCGGUGGAGAUGCAAUAUCAAUACACUUUAGAACAGUUGCAAAAAAUUAACAGUACGAUUGCAAACAUGCUAACAAUGAUUGGCGCGCUGCAGGAAAACUUCGAUAAAAAGAUGGCAUGGAUAACUGAAAAAGUGGGUGGUAGCGAGAUGCUUUUCCAGAAAUUGAACACUAUAGUCAUUCAUUUUUGUUAUCUCGUUUUCGGAAUGAUUAGUUUGUCUUUCGUGAACGCUGAUAAGUUCAUUCGAAUUUUCUUUAUUCUUGUUGUUCCUGGCAAUUUGAUUGGUAAUUUAUUGGAUCUAUUUGAUUCCGAUGUCAUUUAUUUGACUUUUGUUCUUGGAAGUUUCAUUCUCGCUGACCUUCUCUGCCGAUUGGGCCUUCGAUUCUAUCCAAAAGGUUCUCACGGUACGCCGUCCGUCGGUCGGAGUCAGGCCGCCGAUUCCACGCAGAACAAUAGAGAACCAUCCGUUGCUCCUGGAGCUGCAUUUGGGAGAUCUGUACGGACAGAAUCCGAGCAAAACACCGUUGAAGAACAACUGGAAAACGAUAACGAUUCUUAUCUGAACACUUUACGAGCUAGGUUAUCGAGACAACGAUCGGUAACUCCGUUGUUAAGCAGAAACGGACGAAGAGAAGAGACCCCCUCCAACAGUAGCGACGAAGGAGCUCGAAACCAGUGUGCAGCAAGAACGCUUCGUGGUGAACAAUGUCGCGGUAUUUCGCUUUCUGGAAGAGACUUUUGUAGAAUUCAUGAUCAGAGGGGACUGUGAAAAUAAUCGCUGGGUUGGGUUAUGAAAAAUUGGUUUGAUAUCGAAAAUAUUUUUUUCAGUCUGUUAGUUUUUCUCGCAUUGUUUCCUCGCUUGUUAACAUUGAACAUAUUAAUUAUUUAAAUAUUAAUGUGUUUUAUUAAAUUGAGUUUGUUUGGAUUUGUGAAUUGAACUUUAUAAAAUAAUGAGUUUAAAAUAAAUAUAUAAAAAAUGACAAAGGCAUGAAACUGUCUUGUUUUUUUGGAUUUUUGACGUAGGAUUACGUCUUUCGGGAACAUAUUGGGGUACAAAUAAAAAAUGAAAAUCGAGCACAUCGUAAAAAUUGUCCAAUUUCAAACGCUUAUUGCUCAGUCAUUUCAGUCAUCAGGAUUAAUUAAAUUUUUGCGUCAAUCGAUUUCGGUACUCCAUAACAAUUUUUUAUAUUGAAGAAAAUAAUAUUUGUCAUGAAACUAACUAUUGAACAAUUGAAAAAUCUCAACCCCUAUCCUAACGGAAAUACCCACUUCUGAUUGGUCGAAAUUGACGAUAUAUGCGUCGCGUCCCUAACAGAGACGUCAAAACCAAGCUGCCUGGGGGAAAUCGGCAUUGCAAAUACAUGAAAGUAGGGGGAACUUUUGUUCCUAAAGCAAUGUGUUCCCUAACAGAAACAUCAAAACCAAGCUGCCUGGGGGAAACCGGCAUUGCAAUUAUUUGCAAGUCGGGGGCAUUUUUAUAUUUCAAGUAAGGUGAGUGAUAUGAUUAAUUCUAGCAAAUAAAAUUUAAAUUUGUAGCUUUAAUGUUGGUUGCUUCGUGAAAUUUCAUAUCAAUGACCGAUCGUGUAUUUUGAAAAAUUUACCAGAAGUGUAUAUGUAAAAUUGUAUAUGGUAGCAGUUGUGUUAAAAAUGACUUGAUGUAUGAAACGAUUUCUUUCAAUUUUCAUAAAUAAAAAAUUAUAGGAGGUUGUGUCCAAGACACGACCGCAUUGUUAACGUGGAACUACGCUGUUAUUUUAUAUAUGUCGCUAGUGGAGAAAGUUUUGCUACUGCCAAACCAAAUCACAUACAAAAUUCCAGAACGACAUUUACUUCCAUGGUGACUAAAUAAACGAAAUUAUCUCUUUCUGUUAAUCUCAACAACC